AACGAACCCGAGGGCCGAGAGUAAGUAAAACGUCACAAGAAACACAUCUCUCGUUGUAGUACAGACACAGUGUGUCCGAAAGAGACCAAGAAACUAUCGCAACAGCAUCAUCAUCUCUCAUGCCCGUUCCAACACCGUAGCGAAACCCCAAUCUCCUCCAAUUCGCCGGAUAAAAUGGCGUCUCCGUCGCCGGAAUCGAUCUUCCUCGAAGACUUCGGCCAGACGGUUGACCUCACCCGCCGUAUCCGCGAGGUUCUGCUGAACUACCCCGAGGGAACCACCGUCCUCAAGGAGCUCAUACAGAACGCCGAUGAUGCCGGCGCCACCACCGUUUCCCUCUGCCUCGACCGCCGCUCCCACGCCGGCGAUUCCCUGCUCUCUAGUUCCCUAUCGCAGUGGCAGGGACCCGCACUGUUGGCCUACAACGACGCCGUUUUCACCGAAGACGAUUUCAUUAGCAUCUCGAAGAUCGGUGGGAGCAGCAAGCAUGGACAGGCUUCGAAGACUGGUCGCUUCGGGGUUGGCUUCAACUCAGUGUACCAUUUAACAGAUCUUCCCUCCUUUGUGAGUGGCAAAUAUGUGGUAUUAUUUGAUCCUCAGGGUGUUUAUCUUCCGAGAGUCUCUGCAGCGAAUCCUGGCAAGCGGAUUGACUUCACCGGUUCAUCUGCCCUCUCUUUGUACAAGGACCAAUUUUCCCCCUAUUGUGCUUUCGGUUGUGACAUGCAAAGUCCAUUUGCUGGAACUCUGUUUCGUUUUCCUUUGAGGAAUGCAGAUCAGGCUUCCAGAAGUAAGCUUUCAAGGCAAGCAUAUACACCAGAAGACAUUUCCUCCAUGUUUGUUCAGCUCUUUGAAGAGGGAGUUUUGACACUUCUCUUUCUAAAGAGUGUACUGUGCAUUGAAAUGUAUGUGUGGGAUGCUGGAGAACCUAAACCAAAGAAAAUUCAUUCAUGUUCUGUUAGUUCAGUUUCUGAUGAUACCAUUUGGCAUCGGCAGGCAUUGCUUAGAUUGUCCAAGAGUUUAAAUACUACUACUGAAGUGGAUGCUUUCCCAUUGGAGUUCGUAACUGAGGCAGUAAGGGGAGUUGAAACUGUGAGGCAAGUCGAUAGAUUUUAUAUAGUGCAAACCAUGGCCUCAGCAUCUAGUAGGAUUGGUUCUUUUGCUAUUACUGCAUCGAAAGAAUAUGACAUUCAAUUGCUGCCAUGGGCAUCAAUCGCGGCCUGCAUCUCUGAUAAUUCACUGAAUAACGAUGUUCUAAGGACUGGUCAAGCAUUCUGUUUCCUUCCACUGCCUGUUAGAACUGGACUUAGUGUACAAGUCAAUGGAUUCUUUGAGGUCUCAUCAAACCGUCGUGGCAUUUGGUAUGGGGAUGACAUGGACAGAAGUGGAAAAGUUCGUUCUAUCUGGAAUAGGCUUCUUCUGGAAGACCUGGUGGCUCCUGCUUUUGUACAUAUGCUGCAUGGCGUAAAAGAAUUGUUAGGUCCAACAGAUAUUUACUAUUCUUUAUGGCCUACUGGUUCUUUUGAAGAGCCGUGGAGCAUUUUGGUUCAACAAAUAUACAUAAACAUUUGUAAUGCUCCAGUUAUCUAUUCAAAUCUAGGCGGAGGAAGAUGGGUAUCACCAAGUGAAGCCUUUCUUCAUGAUGAAAAGUUCACCAAAAGCAAGGACCUUAGUUUGGCCUUGAUGCAACUGGGAAUGCCAGUUGUGCAUUUGCCUAAUUCAUUGUUUGACAUGCUUUUAAAAUAUAAUUCCAGCAAGGUGAUUACUCCUGGUACAGUACGUCAGUUUCUUAGGGAGUGUGAAUCAUGCAAUCAUUUGAGCAGAGCGCACAAGCUUCUAUUAUUGGAAUAUUGCCUAGAAGAUUUGGUUGACGAUGAUGUUGGUAAAGCGGCAUAUAAUCUGCCCUUACUUCCUUUAGCAAACGGCAAUUUUGCAUCUUUUUUGGAAGCAUCUAAAGGAAUUCCUUAUUUCAUCUGUGAUGAAUUAGAAUACAAGCUGCUGGAGCCAGUUUCUGAUAGAGUAAUCGAUCAGAGCAUUCCUCCCAAUAUAUUGACCAGACUCUCUGGUAUUGCGAUGUCCUCAAAUACCAAUAUUGCUCUUUUCAGCAUUCACCAUUUUGCCCAUUUAUUCCCUGUGUUUAUGCCAGAUGACUGGAAAUAUAAAUGUAAAGUGUUCUGGGAUCCAGAUUCCUGUCAAAAGCCCACAUCAUCAUGGUUUGUGUUAUUCUGGCAAUAUCUAGGAAAGCAGAGUGAAAUAUUGCCACUAUUUAAGGAUUGGCCAAUUUUACCAUCUACAUCUGGACAUCUGUUAAGACCUUCCAGACAAUUGAAAAUGAUAAAUGGAAGCACUCUCUCUGAUACUGUACAAGAUAUCCUUGUGAAAAUUGGAUGUCAUAUAUUGAAGCCAGGUUAUGUAGUUGAACAUCCAGAUUUAUUUAGUUAUUUAUGUGGUGGAAAUGCAGCAGGUGUUUUGGAAUCAAUUUUUAAUGCAUUUUCAAGUGCUGAGAAUAUGCAAGUUUCAUUUAGUAGUCUGAUAGCUGAAGAGCGAAAUGAACUCCGCAGAUUUCUUCUUGACCCUCAAUGGUAUGUUGGACACUCUAUGGAUGAAUUUAACAUAAGGUUUUGCAGGAGAUUACCUAUAUAUCAAGUCUAUCACAGAGAGCCUACUCAAGAUUCUCAGUUCUCUGACUUAGAAAAUCCUCGAAAGUACUUACCACCAUUGGAUGUGCCGGAGUUUAUUCUGGUUGGCAUUGAGUUCAUUGUCAGAUCCUCAAAUACUGAAGAGGAUAUUUUGUCAAGAUAUUAUGGAGUUGAAAGAAUGGGUAAAGCACAAUUUUAUAAGAAACAUGUUUUUGAUAGAGUCGGGGAGUUGCAAGCUGAGGAUCGUGAUAGCAUAAUGUUAUCUGUUCUACAAAAUUUGCCACUUUUGUCUCUUGAGGAUGCAUCUAUCAGGGACUUGUUAAGAAAUUUGAAAUUUAUCCCAACAGUCAUUGGUACUCUGAAGUGUCCUUCAGUUUUAUAUGAUCCUAGGAAUGAGGAAAUAUAUGCAUUACUAGAAGACUCUGAUAGUUUCCCUUCUGGUGUUUUCCGAGAAUCUGAAACCCUUGAUAUUAUGCGAGGACUGGGCCUAAAAACUUCUGUGUCUCCAGAUACUGUUUUAGAAAGUGCUCGAUGUAUAGAGCAUUUGAUGCAUGAAGAUCAACAAAAGGCAUAUUUAAAAGGGAAAGUGCUUUUCUCUUACCUAGAAGUUAAUGCAUUGAAGUGGCUUCCUGAUAAAUUUGAUGAUAAAAAAGGAGCAGUUAACCGAGUUUUGUUUCAAGCAGCAACUGCUUUCAGGUCUCGCAACACAAAAUCUGAUAUUGAGAAGUUCUGGAAUGAUCUGCAACUGAUUUCCUGGUGCCCAGUUUUGGUCUCUCCUCCAUUUCACUCAUUACCAUGGCCAGUUGUGUCAUCAAUGGUUGCUCCUCCAAAAGUUGUUAGGCCACCAAAUGAUUUGUGGCUAGUUUCAGCUGGCAUGCGGAUACUGGAUGGUGAGUGCUCUUCCACGGCAUUAUUAUAUUGCCUAGGAUGGAUGUGUCCGCCAGGAGGAGGUGUAAUUGCUGCCCAACUACUUGAGCUUGGAAAAAAUAAUGAGAUUGUGACUGAUCAAGUUCUUAGGCAGGAAUUAGCACUGGCAAUGCCCAGGAUAUACUCAAUACUGACAGGAAUGAUAGGUUCAGAUGAGAUCGAGAUUGUAAAAGCUGUUCUUGAAGGUUGUCGGUGGAUUUGGGUGGGAGAUGGAUUUGCAACCUCUGAUGAGGUGGUCCUUGAUGGUCCUCUUCAUUUGGCUCCAUAUAUACGUGUUAUCCCAGUUGACUUGGCAGUUUUCAAAAAUUUGUUUCUAGAACUUGGUAUUCGUGAAUUCUUGCAGCCUUCUGACUAUGUUAAUAUUCUUUUUAGGAUGGCUAAUAAAAAAGGAUCAUCUCCUCUUGACACACAGGAGAUUAGGGCUGUCAUGCUUAUAGUGCAUCAUCUAGCUGAAGUUUACCUUCACGGACAGAAAGUCCAGCUCUAUCUGCCAGAUGUGUCAGGUAGACUAUUUCUUGCUGGUGACUUGGUCUAUAAUGAUGCCCCCUGGUUGCUUGGGUCAGAAGAUCCUGAUGGUUCAUUUGGCAAUGCACCCUCUGUGACCUGGAAUGCUAAGAGGACAGUUCAAAAAUUUGUGCAUGGGAACAUUUCUAACGAUGUAGCUGAAAAGUUGGGAGUCCGUUCUCUUCGCAGGAUGUUACUGGCUGAGAGUGCAGAUUCAAUGAAUUUUGGUUUGUCUGGUGCUGCGGAGGCUUUUGGACAGCAUGAGGCUUUGACAACAAGGCUUAAGCAUAUUCUUGAAAUGUAUGCUGAUGGGCCUGGGACUCUAUUUGAGCUGGUACAAAAUGCAGAGGAUGCUGGAGCUUCUGAAGUAAUAUUUCUUUUGGAUAAAUCUCAGUAUGGGACCUCUUCUGUUCUUUCUCCUGAAAUGGCUGAUUGGCAAGGUCCUGCUUUAUACUGUUUUAAUGAUUCUGUUUUUACUCCACAAGAUCUUUAUGCAAUUUCUCGUAUUGGUCAAGAAAGUAAACUUGAGAAGGCUUUUGCAAUUGGAAGAUUUGGACUAGGAUUUAAUUGUGUCUACCACUUUACAGACAUCCCCAUGUUUGUUUCUGGAGAAAAUAUUGUAAUGUUUGACCCUCAUGCAAGUAAUUUGCCAGGGAUAUCUCCUUCCCACCCUGGUUUGCGAAUUAAGUUUGCGGGACGGAAGAUUUUGGAGCAAUUUCCUGAUCAAUUUUCUUCACUGCUACAUUUUGGCUGUGAUUUGCAACACCCCUUUCCUGGUACUCUAUUCCGAUUCCCUCUGAGAACUGCAGGUGUUGCCUCCCGGAGCCAAAUUAAAAAGGAAGUUUAUACACCUGAAGACGUCAGAUCUCUCUUUGCAGCUUUUUCUGAGGUUGUUUCUGAAACAUUACUUUUCCUGCGUAAUGUGAAAUCUAUCUCUAUUUUUCUGAAAGAAGGAACAGGACAUGAAAUGCGACUACUGCACCGUGUAAGCAGAGCCUCUCUUGGUGAGUCUGAAAUUGGAUCUGCUGAAGUCCAGGAUGUGUUCAACUUUUUCAAGGAAGAUAGACUUGUUGGAAUGAAUAGGGCUCAGUUUCUGAAGAAACUUAGCCUGUCUAUUGACAGAGACUUGCCUUAUAAAUGUCAGAAGAUCCUGAUUACAGAGCAAGGCACACAUGGUCGUAACUCACACUAUUGGAUAAUGACAGAAUGUUUAGGUGGUGGGAAUGUUUUAAAGGGAACAUCUGAAGCAUCCACUAGUAACUCUCACAAUUUUGUUCCUUGGGCAUGUGUUGCUGCAUAUUUGAAUUCUGUUAAGCAUGGUGAGGACCUAGUUGAUAGUGCAGAGGUGGAGGAUGAUUGUCUGGUUUCUUCUGAUCUGUUUCAAUUUGCUAGUUUGCCUAUGCAUCCACGGGAAAAUUUUGAAGGUCGUGCAUUCUGCUUUUUGCCUUUACCGAUCAGUACUGGUCUUCCUGCUCAUGUAAAUGCAUACUUUGAAUUAUCAUCAAAUCGCAGGGAUAUCUGGUUUGGUUCUGAUAUGACAGGAGGUGGAAGAAAACGCUCUGACUGGAAUAUUUACCUCCUUGAAAAUGUUGUUGCUCCUGCCUAUGGUCGUUUGCUUGAGAAGGUAGCAUUAGAAAUUGGCCCUUGCUAUUUGUUCUUCUCAUUGUGGCCGAAGACAUUAGGGUUAGAACCUUGGGCAUCAGUAAUACGGAAACUUUACCAAUUUGUUGCUGAAUUUAAUCUCCGUGUAUUAUAUACUGAAGCUAGAGGAGGUCAGUGGAUAUCAACCAAACACGCUAUAUUUCCCGAUUUUUCUUUCCCCAAGGCAGAUGAGCUUAUAAAAGCAUUGUCUGGUGCAUCUCUACCUGUCAUAACUCUUCCACAGUCACUUUUAGAAAGAUUUAUGGAAAUCUGUCCGUCAUUGCAUUUUCUGAAGCCUAAGCUUUUACGGACACUGUUAAUCCGAAGGAAGCGUGAAUUUAAGGACAGGGAUGCAAUGAUUUUGACACUUGAAUAUUGCUUACAUGACUUCGAAGAAUCCAUGCAGUUUGAUACACUCGGUGGCUUGCCUUUGUUACCACUUGCGGAUGGUUCCUUUACAUCAAUUGAGAUGAAGGGGAUUGGAGAAAGAGUUUACAUUGCACGUGGUGAUGAGUAUGGCCUUCUGAGAGAUUCUAUUCCUCAUCAACUUGUAGAUUGUGUUAUUCCAAAAGAAGUUCAUAGAAAACUUUGUUACAUUGCCCAAACAGAUAGCACAAAUAUUUCUUUCUUGUCAUGCCAAUUGCUUGAGAAACUUCUUGUGAAAUUACUCCCUGUGGAGUGGCAACAUGCUUCACUAGUAAGUUGGACUCCUGGUAUUCAUGGCCAACCGAGUUUAGAAUGGUUGCAACUACUUUGGAACUAUCUUAAAGCAAAUUGUGAUGAUCUUUUAAUGUUUUCUAAGUGGCCUAUUUUGCCUGUUGGGGAUGACUGCUUGAUACAGUUAAAACCAAAUUUGAAUGUGAUAAAAAAUGACGGAUGGAGUGAGAAGAUGUCUUCUUUGUUGGUGAAGGUUGGAUGUUUAUUCUUGAGACCUGAUUUGCAAUUAGAUCACCCUAAAUUGGAAUGCUUUGUGCAAUCACCAACAGCAAGAGGUGUACUAAAUGUCUUUCUUGCUGUUGCUGGGGAGCCACAGAAGAUUGAAGGGAUUUUUACAGAUGCAUCUGAUGGGGAGCUUCAUGAACUUCGGAGUUUUAUUCUCCAGUCGAAGUGGUUCUCUGAAGAGCAAAUUGAUAGAUCACAUGUUGAAACCAUUAAACACCUCCCAAUGUUCGAGUCAUACAAAAGCAGAAAAUUAGUAAGUUUGAUUAAGCCUAUCAAAUGGCUUGGUCCUACGGGUGUUGGUGAAGACCUUUUAAAUGAUAGCUUCAUAAGAACUGAAUCUGAUAUGGAACGAGUCAUUAUGCGAAGGUAUUUAGAGAUAAAAGAACCCACAAGAGUGGAAUUCUACAAAGAUCACAUAUUCAAUCGCAUGUCGGAGUUCCUUUUGAAGCCAGAAGUUGUUUCAUCCAUUCUGAAUGACGUACAGCUUUUGAUUAAAGAGGAUAUUUCUCUCAAGUCUUCACUUUCUGCUGUAUCAUUUGUUCUUGCAGCCGACGGGUCUUGGCAACAACCAUCUAGGCUUUAUGAUCCUCGGGUUCCUGAGCUUAAGAAGAUGCUGCAUGGCGAUGUUUUCUUUCCUUCCGACAAAUUCUUAGAUCCGGAAAUUUUGGAUACUUUAGUUUGCCUUGGUCUUAGGACAACUCUUGGAUUCACUGGUUUGCUUGAUUGUGCUAGAUCAGUCAGCCUGUUGCAUGACUCUGGGGACACUGAAGCCUCCAAACAUGGUAAAGGGUUACUGGUUUUUUUAGAUAAGUUAGCGUGUAAGCUCUCAAGUAAUGGAGAAAGUGAGAAUGAUGAUCAGUCCUUGGCUGUCAGGAGCAACAUCACAAUGGAUGAUGCUGUUGUAUAUGAUGGCUUUCCUAAAGAUGAGAACUCCCUAAUAGAUGAUGUUGAUUUAUUCAUGAGUAGCUUGAUUAAUGACAUGGUAGAAGAGGAAUUUUGGUCGGAAUUGAAACUAAUCACCUGGUGUCCAGUAAUUUUGGAUCCAGCUGUAAGGGGACUUCCAUGGUUAAAGUCCAGUAAACAAGUAGCACUUCCCACAGUCGUGAGGCCUAAAUCACAAAUGUGGUUGGUAUCUUCAUCAAUGCUCAUAUUAGAUGGCGAAUGUGGCACAACAUAUCUACAAACUAAACUUGGGUGGAUGGACUGCCCAAAUAUUGGUGUUUUGUCGAGACAGUUAAUUGAACUAUCUAAGUCCUACCAGCAGCUUAAGACUCAUUCAUUGCUAGAUCCUGAUUUUGAUGUCAAGUUGCAAAAGGAAAUUCCUUGUCUUUAUUCAAAAUUGCAAGAAUAUAUUAAUACUGAUGACUUCAAUGAUCUGAAAGCAAGAUUGGAUGGUGUUUCAUGGGUCUGGAUUGGUGAUGAUUUUGUAUCACCAAAUGCACUAGCCUUUGAUUCACCUGUAAAAUUUACUCCUUAUUUAUAUGUCGUUUCAUCUGAACUGUCAGAGUAUAAAGAUUUGAUGAUAAAAUUAGGAGUCAGAUUGAGUUUUGGUAUUUUAGACUAUCUUCAUGUAUUACAGAGGUUGCAGAAUGAUCUCAAUGGAGUUCCACUUUCAACAGAUCAGUUAAAUUUUGUCCGUUGUGUCCAUGAAGCUAUAGCAGAGUGUUGCCUGGAGAAACCACUUUUUGAGCCUUUUGAUAGUCCCUUGUGGAUUCCUGAUACUUUUGGAGUUCUGAUGCAUGCAGGAGAUCUUGUAUAUAAUGAUGCACCUUGGCUGGAGAACAGUUCUCUUAUUGGCAGACAUUUUGUGCAUCCAAGUAUCAGCAAUGAUUUAGCAGAAAGGCUGGGUGUACAGUCAGUUCGGUGCCUAUCUUUAGUCAGUGAAGAUAUGACUAAAGAUCUGCCAUGCAUGGGCUACAAUAAAGUAAGUGAGCUUUUGGCCCUGUAUGGAAACAGUGAGUUUUUGUUGUUUGACCUUCUUGAAUUGGCUGAUUGUUGUAAAGCCAAGAAGUUACACCUGAUAUAUGAUAAGAGGGAACAUCCUCGCCAGUCAUUGCUGCAGCACAAUUUAGGUGAGUUUCAAGGGCCAGCUCUUGUAGCGAUCUUUGAAGGUGCCUGCUUGAGUCGAGAGGAAUUUAGUAAUUUCCAGCUCCUUCCUCCAUGGAAAUUACGUGGCAACACACUUAACUAUGGUUUGGGAUUGGUUGGCUGCUAUUCCAUAUGCGACCUUCUCUCAGUCGUUUCAGGUGGCUACUUUUAUAUGUUUGAUCCUCGUGGUUUGGUACUUUCUGCACCUUCAAGUAAUGCCCCAUCAGGAAAGAUGUUCUCUUUGAUAGGCACUGAUCUGGCACAACGAUUUGGUGAUCAAUUUAGUCCAAUGCUCAUUGAUCAGAAUGACUUAUGGUCAUUAUCUGAUUCUACCAUUAUUCGCAUGCCUCUAUCCUCUGAUUGUUUGAAGGUUGGACAUGAUGUUGCAUCAAACCGCAUAAAGCAUAUCACUGAUGUAUUUAUGGAGCAUGGAUCUAGAACACUCCUAUUUUUGAAGUCAGUUUUGCAGGUGUCAAUAUCAACAUGGGAGGAAGGACAUUCACAUCCUUGCCAGAAUUUUUCAAUAAGCAUUGAUCCAUCAUCUUCUAUUAUGAGGAAUCCAUUUUCUGAAAAAAAAUGGAGAAAGUUCCAGUUAUCAAGGCUUUUUAGCAGCUCUAAUACUGCGAUAAAGAUGCAUGUAAUAGAUGUAAGUUUAUAUUCAGAAGGAACUACAUUCAUUGAUCGAUGGCUUCUUGCACUCAGCCUUGGUUCUGGGCAAACAAGAAAUAUGGCUCUUGAUAGGCGGUACCUUGCCUACAACUUGACUCCUGUUGCUGGAAUAGCAGCACUUAUAUCAAGAAAUGGUCAUCAUGCCGAUGUAUACUCAACUAGCUCAAUUAUGACUCCUCUCCCUUUGUCUGGUUGUAUAAACUUGCCUGUUACUGUCCUAGGUUGUUUCCUUGUGUGUCACAAUAGAGGUCGUUAUCUCUUUAAAUACCAAGACAGACGGGCGUCAGCUGAGGGACACUUUGAUGCUGGAAAUCAGCUAAUUGAAUUAUGGAACAGAGAACUUAUGUCUUGUGUAUGUGAUUCCUAUGUAGAAAUGAUCUUGGAAAUUCAAAAUCUAAGAAAAGAUGUUUCAAGUUCUAUAAUUGAUUCUAGCGCCUGUCCUGGGAUCAAUCUCUCUUUGAAGGCUUAUGGAGAUAAUAUCUACUCCUUCUGGCCACGGUCUUCUGAGGGGCAUGUUCCGAGCGGUCAACUUUUUGAUCACAAUAACACCCCUUCAAGUUCAACAGCAGUUCUUAAAGCUGACUGGGAAUGCCUUAAAGAACGGGUAAUACAUCCAUUUUAUUCCCGAAUUGUUGACCUUCCAGUAUGGCAGCUGUACUCAGGAAAUUUAGUCAAGGCUGGAGAAGGCAUGUUUCUUUCACAGCCUGGGAAUGGGAUGAUUGGGAGUCUACUUCCGGGUACAGUUUGCAGCUUUGUAAAGGAGCAUUAUCCUGUAUUUUCAGUACCAUGGGAAUUGGUGACUGAAAUUCAAGUUGUGGGUUUUUCAGUACGGGAGGUUAGACCUAAGAUGGUUCGUGAUCUCCUGAAAGUUUCAUCAAAACCAAUUGUUCUGCGAUCAGUGGACAUGUAUAUAGAUGUUCUUGAGUACUGCUUAUCAAAUUUUCAGCAAUCAGUGCCAUCCAGCUUGCCCAGAGAUAGUGCACAAGUUGAUCCUACUAAUAUUAAUGUUAUUUGCCGAGAAACUGAUGUUGGAAGCACUUCCCAGCCGGAAUCUAAUAUCCAUAGCUCCACUGGCAUAGCAUCUCAGGGAGCAGACAGUUCUGGUGAUGCAUUGGAAAUGAUGACAAGUUUAGGAAAGGUUUUAAUUGAUUUUGGCCGCGGUGUUGUUGAAGAUAUUGGUAGAGCAGGAGCACCCUUGGCUUACAGGAAUGCUGUGACUGGCACAGGUCAAAACAGGGACCAGAAGUUUGUAUCAAUUGCUGCAGAACUUAAAGGUUUACCAUGUCCAACUGCAACUAACCAUUUACAGAAAUUGGGCUUAACUGAACUUUGGAUUGGGAAUAAGGAGCAACAGUCAUUAAUGGAUCCCUUGAGAGAAAAAUUUGUUCAUCCUAAAGUAUUAGAAAGACCUCUCUUGGGUGAAAUUUUUUCUAAUUUAUCCCUUCAAGGGCUACUGAAACUGCAGAACUUCUCUCUUCAUCUGCUUGCCAAUCAUAUGAAGCUAAUUUUCCAUGAGGAUUGGGUGAACCAUGUAAUGGGAUCAAAUAUGGCUCCCUGGCUUUCAUGGAAGAAGCUGCCUAGUUCUGACAGUCAAGGGGGCCCUUCCUCUGAAUGGAUCAAAAUAUUUUGGAAAAGUUUUAGAGGCUCUCAGGAAGAAUUAUCUCUUUUCUCUGAUUGGCCCCUAAUUCCUGCUUUUCUUGGUAGGCCAGUCUUAUGCCGUGUAAGAGAGCGACAUCUAGUCUUCAUUCCUCCUCCUUUGGUGCAACGAACAUUACAAAGUGGGAUUUUAGACAGAGAAUCCACUGAAAAUCAUGUGGGCGGGGUUAGUGUAUCUAGGGAUGAUACUUCUGUUGCUGAGGCCUAUACUUCAGCUUUUGAUAGACUCAAAAUUAGUUAUCCUUGGUUGUUGUCAUUGUUAAACCAGUGUAAUGUACCCAUAUUUGAUGAGGCAUUUAUAGAUUGCGCUACUUCAAGCAAUUGUUUUUCUAUGCCUGGUGGAUCUCUAGGCCAAGUUAUUGCAUCCAAACUUGUGGCAGCAAAGCAAGCUGGAUAUUUCACUGAACCUAAUAACUUAUCAGCAUCAAGUUGUGAUGCACUUUUCUCACUAUUCUGUGAUGAAUUAUUUUCCAAUGGCUUCCACUAUGCACAGGAAGAAAUUGAAAUUUUGCGUUCUCUCCCAAUAUAUAAAACAGUUGUUGGUUCUUACACUAAGUUAAAAGAUCAAGAUCAGUGUAUGAUACCUUCUAAUUCAUUUUUUAAACCGCAUGAUGAGCAUUGUCUCUCUUAUGCGACAGACUCAAAUGGGAGUUCAUUUCUUCGAGCCCUUGGGGUGCUGGAGUUAAAUGAUCAACAGAUCUUAGUACGCUUUGGCUUGCCGGGCUAUGAAAGGAAGUCUAUGAAUGAGCAGGAGGAUAUAUUAAUCUAUGUUUUUAAAAACUGGCAUGAUCUUCAAUCAAAUCAAUCAGUGGUUGAAGCUUUGAAAGAGACCAAAUUUGUAAGAAACUCUGAUGAAUUUUCAACAGAUCUGUUGAAGCCCAAGGAACUAUUUGAUCCAGCUGAUGCUAUACUGAUAUCAAUUUUCUUUGGUGAGAGAAAAAAAUUUCCUGGAGAAAGGUUCAGCACUGAUGGGUGGCUUCGAAUUUUAAGGAAACUUGGCCUUCGAACUGCUACUGAAGUAGACGUGAUAAUUGAAUGUGCCAAAAGAGUUGAGUUCCUUGGAAUUGAGUGCAUGAAAUCAGGUGAUUUGGAUGAUUUUGAAGCAGACACCACCAACUCUCGUGCUGAAGUUUCACCUGAAGUGUGGGCAUUAGGAGGAUCUGUAGUUGAAUUUAUUUUCUCUAACUUUGCUCUUUUUUUUAGCAACAACUUCUGUGAUCUUCUUGGCAAGAUUGCAUUUGUACCGUCUGAACUGGGGUUUCCAAGUGUUGGCUGCAAGAGGGUGCUAGCUUCCUAUAAUGAAGCUAUUUUAUAUAAAGAUUGGCCUCUAGCUUGGAGUUGUGCUCCCAUUCUAUCCAGGCUGCACAUUUUUCCUCCUGAGUAUUCUUGGGGAGCUCUUCAUCUACAGAGUCCUCCUGCAUUUUCGUCAGUUUUGAAGCACUUGCAAGUGAUCGGGAAAAAUGGAGGUGAAGAUACUCUUGCUCAUUGGCCCAUUGCUUCAGGAUUGAAGAACAUUGAAGAAUGUACCUGUGAGAUUUUGAAAUAUUUAGACAAAAUUUGGGGUUCCCUUUCUCCCUCAGAUGUGGCAGAGCUACAGAAAGUGGCCUUUCUUCCUGUAGCAAAUGGAACACGUCUAGUGACUGCCGAUGCUCUUUUUGCUCGGUUGAUGAUUAAUUUAUCUCCAUUUGCUUUUGAACUUCCUUCCGUAUAUCUCCCCUUCGUGAAGAUUCUUAAAGAUUUGGGACUUCAGGACUUCCUAACACUUUCUGCCGCAAAGGAUCUUCUCCUAAAUCUUCAGAAAGCUUGUGGGUAUCAGCAUCUAAAUCCGAAUGAGCUCCGAGCUGUGAUGGAAAUUUUGAAUUUUAUUUGUGAUCAGAUUGUUGAUGGGAACAUAUUUGAUGCGUCUAAUUGGAAAUCAGAGGCCAUAGUUCCUGACGAUGGCUGCAGACUUGUUCAUUCGGCAUCCUGUGUCUAUAUUGAUUCUUACGGCUCUCGAUAUGUCAAAUGUAUUGAUACAUCUAGAAUUAGAUUUGUCCAUGCAGAUCUUCCUGAUAGAGUAUGUAAUGUCCUGGGCAUCAAGAAAUUGUCUGAGGUCGUCAUAGAGGAACUAGACAAGAAUGAAAAGUUACAGACUUUGGGAAUGGUGGGGUCAGUUUUUCUAGUGACCAUCAAACAGAAGUUAUCAACCAAAUCUCUUCAAAGUGCUGUAUGGACUGUUGUCAAUAGCAUGCGGAGCUAUGUUCCUGCAUUCAAUAACUUUUCAUUGGAUGCAAUAGAAUGCUUAUUGGACUCUACUGCCGAAAAGCUGCAAUUUGUUAAGCAUCUUAAAACAAGGUUUUUGCUCUUGCCCAAUUUGGUAGAUAUUACACGUUCAGCGAAGGAUUAUGUUGUCCCAGAGUGGGAGAACGAUUCUGCUCAUCACACUCUUUAUUUUAUGAAUCAAUCAAGAUCCUGCAUUCUAAUUGCUGAACCACCAACUUAUAUUUCCAUUUUGGAUCUCAUUGCUAUUGUAGUUAGCCAGGUAUUAGGCUCUCCUAUCAUAUUGCCUAUUGGAUCCUUAUUUGAUUGUCCUGAAGGAUAUGAGAUUGCAGUUGUUAAUGUCUUGAAACUUUGCUCUGAUGAGAAAGAAGUUGAACCUAUGAAUGGAAGAAGCAAUAUUAUUGGCAAAGAAAUAUUGCCACAAGACGCUCGUCUUGUGCAGUUCCAUCCAUUGAGGCCCUUUUAUUCUGGUGAAAUAGUGGCUUGGCGAUCUCAACAUGGAGAAAAACUUAAAUAUGGUAAAGUUCCUGAGGAUGUCAGACCAUCAGCAGGUCAAGGUCUGUACAGAUUUAAGAUUGAAGUUGCACCAGGGGUUAUGCAGGAUUUCCUUUCAUCACAGGUGUUUUCAUUUAGAAGUUUGUCAGCAAGUACUCCCGUGAAAGAAACACUGUUGCGUGACAGCCCUGCACCAGGAAGUAACAGGUCCCGUGUUGAGUUCCCAGAAAGUUCAGGAAGGAGAGAAAGCAACUCUCAGGUGCCACCUUUAAGAGAGCUGUCUGGCAAAGUUUCAGCUGCAGAACUGGUGCAGGCUGUUAACGAAAUACUCUCUGCUGCUGGGAUCAAUAUGGAUGUGGAGAAGAAGGCCCUACUUCAAAGAACGAUAGAUUUGCAAGAAAAUCUAAAAGAAUCUCAGGCAGCGUUUUUGUAUGAGCAGGAAAAAGUUGAAAGGGCAACAAAAGAGGCUGAUACAGCUAAAGCAGCAUGGGUAUGUCGGGUUUGUCUGAGUGCUGAGGUUGAUAUAACAAUAGUUCCUUGUGGUCAUGUAUUGUGUCGGAAAUGUUCUUCUGCAGUAUCAAAGUGUCCCUUCUGUCGGCUUCAGGUUACGAAGGCCAUCAGAAUUUUCCGUCCAUAGAAUAUCUGCUGCUUUGAUAAGCCUCUGGACAUUAUCUUAGUUCCAUUUGCCAAUGGGAGCUAACUGUUGAGUUCAAAUUAUCUUUGCAAAAGUUUGAUGAGAAAAAAUUAAUCAGCUAAAUGCAGGCUAUGUUUGGAUUGGUAUUGAAUGGAAUGGAAUGUAAAUUAUGUAAUGGUGUUAUGUUUCGUUAUAUGGAUUAUCUAAGGUGAUGAAAUGGAAUGGAACUUGAUGGUCCAGUUCGUUUAUUAAA